CCCGCACAGAAACUCGGUACCAUGUUGGGCGUGUUCUUGCCGUGUGUGCAAAACAUCUUCGGGGUGAUCCUCUUCAUAAGGAUGGUGUGGAUCGUGGGGACUGCAGGCUGGCUACAGGCCUUCGUCCUCGUUUCUAUGUGUUGUUGUUGUACGUUGACAACAUCAAUUUCACUGAGUACCAUAGCAACGAACGGCGUGGUAUCAAGUGGGGGCUGUUACUUCAUGAUAUCCAGGGCCCUGGGUCCAGAGUUUGGAGGGGCCGUCGGAUUUUUGUUCUACCUCGGGACUACUGUGGCCUCUUCCAUGUAUAUUGUCGGAGCCGUAGAGAUAUUUUUGCAAUACAUAGCUCCGCAACUUUCAAUCUUUGGAUCGAUGAACGUGCCGGCUAACGCAUACAACAACUACCGGGUCUACGGGACUGGCUUGCUGCUCUUCAUGUUCGCUUGCGUCUUUGUGGGGGUCAGGUUUGUCAGUAAGUUCGCCCCAGUGGCUCUCGCCUGCGUUCUUGGGUCCCUCUUCUGUGUGUACGUGGGGAUUCUUAGGGCUGAUCCGUCUAGAGGACCUCAGUACGUUUUGUGGUGGGGUUUUAGAAGCGGUAAAAAGCGAAAUAUUAGAAGUAGCAGUAGUGAAAGUAGCGACAAUGACGACAAUAAAGAUCCAAGAACGAAGGAAGAGUUAGAGAGAGAUUGUGAUUAUUUUAUGAAAAAUAAUGUUACCAAGAAGCCGGGUAUACCUGGACUCAAGAGCGGCAUGUUCUUUGGUUCGUUCGUUCGUUCGUUUGUUUAUUUGUUCGCUGGUUUGUUCGUUCAUUCUCGGUACGGGGUGAAGGACAACAGGGUGGGGUCAUACGACGAGAAGGGCGUGAGGGCCCGUGGUGACAUCGUUUGUGACAUCACGUCAUCAUUCCUCCUACUCAUUGGCAUCUUCUUUCCUUCCGUUACAGGUAUAAUGGCCGGUUCAAACAGGUCAGGUGACCUUGAGGAUGCCCAAAGGUCAAUCCCUAUUGGCACGAUUGGGGCUGUGACUUUUACAUCUACUGUCUAUCUAUCCUGUCUGCUAUGCUUCGCCGCUUGUGUGGAUGGGGACCUACUAAGAGAUAAAUUCGGAGAAAGUAUAGGAGGGGGUCUGAUCGUGGCCCACCUGGCUUGGCCCAACCCAUGGGUCAUUACCAUAGGGGCGUUCCUUUCAACCUGUGGCGCCGGUCUUCAAAGUUUAGUGGGAGCCCCAAGACUCCUGCAAGCAAUAUCCUCCGAUGGAAUCAUCCCAUUUUUGGAUAAAUUCUCCACUACGUCAUCGAAGGGCGAGCCAAUCAGAGCGCUCCUUUUGACUGCCACGAUUGCGGAACUCGGAGUCCUAUUGGCUAACGUCGACAUCAUCGCUCCGAUCAUCACAAUGUUUUUCUUGAUGUGUUACUGCUUUACGAACCUUGCGUGUGCCGUUCAGACCAUUCUGCAUUCACCAAACUGGAGACCGAGAUUUAAACUUUACCAUUGGGCCCUAUCUUCCUUUGGAGUGGUCCUCUGUCUGGCCCUGAUGUUGAUGUCAAGCUGGCCCUACACAAUCGCUGCUAUCUGUCUGGCUGCCUUCUUAUACAAGUACAUUGAGUUCAAGGGAGCCGAGAAAGAGUGGGGUGAUGGGGUGAGGGGCCUCUCGAUGUCAGCCGCCAGAUUCGCCCUCUUGAGACUAGAAGAAGGUAAUGUACACGUUAAAAAUUUCAGACCCCAGCUCCUGGUCCUAUUCAAGUUGGAUUCCAACCUUCAGCCUAAAUAUCGAAAGUUGCUGACCUUUGCGAGCCAAUUGAAAGCUGGAAAGGGUUUGACCUUAGUGGCCACCGUCUUGCAGGGCAGCGAUGCAAUGGCGGGUCACGUGGUCAGUGACGUCAAGAAUAGAAUGAAUGAACUAAUGAAGAAAGAAAAGAGUAAAGGUUUUUGUGACGUUUUGGUUACUCAAGAUAAAGCUGAAGGGAUUAGUUUCUUUAUACAAGCUGCAGGAUUGGGCGGAUUACGACACAACACGGUCUUACUUAAUUGGCCCUCCAGGUGGAAAAAACAUCGCAAACGCAAUCGAAUAUUCGUCGAAACAUUGAAACUUAUAAUCGACCGACAGUUGGCUGUGAUGCUACUGAAGGGAAUCGAUCGAUUUCCUGAUAAUUCUGAUAAAGUAUCGGGAUACAUAGAUGUCUGGUGGAUUGUCCACGACGGUGGUCUAUUGAUGUUACUGCCAUUCUUGCUCACACAGAAUAGAGUAUGGAAGAACUGCAAGCUUCGCAUAUUCACCGUUUCGCAAUUGAACGACAACAGCAUGCAAAUUCAAAAAGACCUCGAAACAUUCAUGUACCAUUUGAGAAUUCCAGCCGAAGUGCAUGUCGUUGAAAUGACGGAGAAAGACAUAAAGACAUAUUCAUACGAGCAGACGUUAAGCAGAUUCAAAAAUAAUAAUAAUAAUAACAACGACAACACCAACAACAACAACAACUACGACAACAACAAAAACAAUAAUAAUAAUAAUAAUAAUAAUGUUAUCAGCACCAUCAAUAAUAGUAAUAAUAACAAUCUCACUAGACCUACAAGUAGCAGUAGUAGCAAUGUCAAACUUGUCAAUAGCUUAAGAGCGAAAGAACAAAGCGUCAAACGCCUAGAAACAGCCAUGCGACUGAACGAGAUGAUGAAAGAGAAGUCGAAAGAAGCGAGGCUUGUCGUCAUCAACCUGCCGGGAAUUCCUAAACUUCUGGGCGAACACAGGCAUUAUAUGGAAUUUUUGGACGCCCUAACGGAAGGUUUAGAAAUGGUGCUGAUGGUCAGAGGUGGUGGAAGAGAGGUCAUUACUAUAUUCUCUUGA